UCAGGAAGCCUUCAUCAACGUACCACCGACUUUGUAGCCAGAGUAAAUUUGUAUACUCUCUGGGCUGCUUGUGUCCUCAAAAAACAAACAAACCAAAAUCCCAGCAUGGGCUUCACAGAGUCGGGAGGCUUAGAUGAGAUAGGAUAAGGCGUCUGGCACCUGGGAGGCACUCGGAUAGGAGAUGCUCCUUGUUCCGUCAAGUUGGAAGCCCCAAGAGAUGGUCUACUCUGCAGGCACAGAGGGCUUUAUUAGAACUGCCUCCUCGUGGCUGUGAAGCCUUGAGCGUAACAUGCAAACAGCCAGGAAUAUGGAACUUCAAAAAACUCUACGACUGCUUCGCAGCUCGGGAGGAGCGGGCAAAGCUUCAGCUACCCAGUGACGCGCGAUCCCCGAGCAGACAGCUUCCCCUUUAAGCACCUGCGCGUCGGCCGCGGAGGGAGCCCACCGGAAGUCGCAGACGGAGCCCACCGGAAGUCCAUGAGCGCAGCCACGGCGUCAGAUUCUUCCGCCGAGCGCGGCGCUGCGUCCCUCGGCUCGGCCCCCAGUCUACUCCAAAGUUCCUCUCUGGCCGCCGCUCGUCUGCUUCAGGCCUCCCGGAUGCUGGUUUUCCGGCCAAUAGUCCCGGCGACGCUGCCUGCCGGCGCUCGGGCAUAAGCCCGGCCUGGACCGCGGAGGGCGGACGCGCGCCGCCGGGACCCCCCCCCCCGGGACCCGCCCCCGAGACCCCCGGGAGCCGCCCCCGAGCGACACGCACUUCCGGCGGCGCGGCGGCGGGGACGGAACCCGGCGGGCGGUGAUGGACGCGCUGGCGGUCAUGAUGCAGGACCUCCUGACCCAGAACCGUGCGCUGCGCAGGGAGAACAAAGAGCUCAUGGACCAGGUGCGGCGGCUCCUGUGCGAGAAAGCCAACCUGCUGGCCCAGGUGCGCCCGCCCGCCUGCCCGGUGGCUUUUCCCGAGACGUUCAAAGGCGACUCCGCCCGGCUUCCCGAGUUUUUGAUCCAAGCGGCGUCUUACAUGAGGUUCUUUGAGGCCAGGUUCUCGAACGACAUUCUCAAGGUGGCGUUUUUAAUCAGCCGCCUCAGUGGGCCGGCCGAGGAGUGGGUUGUCCCCUACAUCGAGAGGGAGAGCCCCAUCCUGGCGCAUUACGAGGGCUUCGUGGACGCGCUGAAGCGGGCCUUUGGCAGGAACGGGUAGGAAACGGCAGGGCUGCGAGCCCCACGGACCGGGUCGUGCUUGGCCGUGACUCACAAAGAGCUUUCCAGUCCCCACCUGCUGGGCCCAACCCUUGCGAGGAAGCCCCGCUGCCUUUGCACUCGGCCCAGCAGCGCGGCCACUGGCGGGGGACCUGUUAGCAAUUGAACGGACCACCCCGAAUCGCGCCCCUGCCACCUGCCGUCUCAGAAAACUGCUGCUGCCCGCCCUGGACGAUCUGUGCCAGCCUGGGAAGUGCCUGAGCUUGGCACACGCCCGGGGACACCGAUUUGGAGACCUCAGGUCCGGAGACAGCUGCCAGGGUUCGCGUGGCUGGCAGACAAAUAUUGACACUCCUGCCCCAGGAACCUGUUUUUCACAUACUUCGUUUCUGUUCUGAAACCACAACAGGCUCAGAGACUGUGCCUUUUAUCAGAAAAGUCCAGGCGCUGAACAGUACAUGGAAAACGUAUUUACUUUUAAAAUGUAAAUUUGUAUCUUACAGCACCAUAUAUUGGGGACUGUACUUGGGGUUACAGGAGAAACAGAUGAAUAAGACCAAAUGUAUAUCUCCACAGGAACACAAUUGUGAGAAAAAAUUCUAAGUGCAUAUUCUGAUGUCUGGUAAAAUAAUGCUUUCAUGUGCAGAGAAUGGCAUAUUUGCUUCUUGUUUUAUGGCCUUUUCACAUCACAGUUUUAAAAUACAUGUUAAAAACAUGUGCAGCUUACAAAGGAGGCAGAAAACCCAAUUUGAGCAAUUUCUGUCUUUGCUCCUGAAUCUGGCAAAGAUGGUGUUUUUAAAGAUGGGUGCAACUUGUAGCAAAAAGAAGGGGGGGCAGGGAAUGGUGCAUUCUUUGAGCUGUAUCCACUCACCUUUAUUCCCCUGUAUUAAAUGACUUGGCUGCUUCCUUUUUUGUAAAUUACAGUUUUGGCCUCAGUUUUUCUUUUGUAAUUAAAGGCAUUACUUGAUCAUUAAAA